GAAGGUUGUGGCUCAAGGAGCUCGCUUACUCGCGUAUUUUGGUUUCGUAGGUUGUAACCUCCACAUUGUUGUAUGGAUUCAUUUCAGUAGACUGUUAGUUUCAAAACAUCUAGUUACAGUAGAUGACCUCAAGCAUUUCAAGUGCCAUCGCAUUUGAGGGUCUAAACUGGGUGCAUGUUUCAAGAAAAAACAGUGAAAGGCGACCAAAAUAUUGGCGAAUACAAAACUGUUUCUAUAAAAACAGCUGGCACUAAGAUGUUCCCUUUGAAAAUAAUACUGUUAGUGUUUAAUGCAUCGCCAUUGGGUCAUAUUUCAUGCAUGUGAUUUGUAUGUCAAAAUUUGACCUAUUGUAAAUAUAAAUGUUUUAAAUUUUGUGGGUGUGCUUUUCUUUAGCGUUGUUUUAUCAGUCAGGAUUAUCAUGAAUUUUUCGAAAAACUAAAAUAAUGGCAGACAGUAGGUGCAGAAUUAAGCAAAGCAACACAAUAAUUCGACUUAAGCGUCAUCAUUUGAGUUUUCUAACUGCUUGCCUUUUCUGCUCCAUGGAUGACAGCCACAAAGUCUAUAAAUGUUCAUACUUCUCAAAUGGACGGUGACUUCAUGAGCUUAGCGCGUUCGGUCACGGGCGAUUUACUUUCAAACAAAAAAACAUCGCUCCAUGAAGUAGGUAAGGACCAAUUGUACUUAUCACUAGUUUAGCCACUCUAGCUUGUGCAGUGUUGAAAUGGAGGUAAAACUUUCGUAUUCAGUGUGGCUGAACAUUGAACACACUCCUAAAUUUGUCGAUUACUUUUGGGCUUAAAUAAACCCUCACCUAGAGCAGUUUGGUUGGGGGAAUCAAGUGACAUGGCCGAAAAUCAUUCUGAGCAGCUCAGUUGUAUUCAGUUUCUUGUUCUUUAAAUCUGUCUGAUUUACAAAAACUAUUGAAUUAUUAUGACAUCGCUAAUAAGUUAAUCACUUAUAAUCAAUGCAAAGCCUCACCAAAAUCUAUUGAUUGAGUGAAGUUAUUUUAUAACCAUUUUGUGCUAGAUUUUGUGCUCAAGUAAAAAAGGAAACACCUAACAAGGAUUACGUGACCUUAAAGUUUAUUGUACUGUAAUAUAAUUAAAAUGAACUUUAUUUGUGGUCAAAUUUGAAAAAUCACUAGAUAUCAGCUUAGAAACGUCAAACGGUACAAACACAAAGUGACACUGCAGUAUUGAAUCUAUGAAAAAAUAACUACAUAUCAUUGCGUGUUCUUUCCUUCACGUUAAUUGGCUCAGAUAAUCUAUUAGUUAAUGAAAUUAAUGCGACGUCGAGAUUUUAUUUUAUUUCUGAAAUUAAUUUUUCUAGAAAGACAAGAGUACUUUGUCGUAUUCCGUUUGAGGCUUGGUUAGUGCACUUCAUAAGUAAUACCUUCAACAUAGUAACCACAUAAAGAAUUUACUGAACCAGAAGCUCUACAUGAUCGAAAUUCUCAGUAACUUCCAAUAUAAUUUUACUGUGCUUCCAACCAGUAGGUCGCGAUUUCGAAUCUUGGAUUACCUACCGUAGUAUUAGAGAUCAUAAUCGAUCACAAUGGCGGUGUGUACAUUCUUUGUCUUCCUUUAAACUGAGGUUAAAAUUACUUUAUACCUUUCUUUCUACGAAGUAAUUCUUUCUUCCUGUAUCAUAUCUUUAUAUGGAAUCCUUUUUUACUACCAUCGAACUAAAUGGUUACAUGAAUUUGAUGUUCAUUUUGUUGUACUAAUGUGUAACAACUUGGACCGAUACAUAUAUGCGCCUGAUCCUACGUUGCAGCUGACUGACUGAGAGAUCAGUUAGUAUCACUAACCCUUACUCAUUGUAGCUCCAAACAGGGUACAGAAUCAUGUACUUCGUAAUUUAGUGACAUUUAUGUAUUUCUAUUUUCAGUAAAGUUGCAGUAAGAUAAAAGUGGUUUGCUUUGUUUCAUGAUUACUAAUCAUCAAUUUCUAUUUCUUCAUGGAUCCUACUUCAGUUCACAAUUGGACAGUCCCCAAAUGGAUCAUAAAAUCAAUGAAAUAACUGAAAAUAUUAAGCAACGUGGUCGUGAGGGUGCAUAUCCUCUCUUCAAGGAAACGGGUCCGGAAUAUGUGAUGCCGAAAUUUCCGAUUGAGAGGAAAGAGAUGGAAGACCAUAUCUUGGAAUUAAAACUGGCCCGGAAAAGCUUGAAUAAGUGGUGGUUGGAAAAAAUGCUGAAAUAUGUGACUGUUUAGUGGUAGCAAAGUUAUCCCGAAAUGCAACUGUUACUCCAAGCAAACCACAUUAUCUCUUUGUCGUUUAUUUCCAUUUUCUUUGUAUGCAAGCUGUCGAAUGCAUUUCGAACCCUUCAAAUCAACGACUUACAUUGUGGUACUCUUCAGUUUUCUAGAGAAUUGUUUCUUAACUAUUUUGGGGGAGAUUUAGAUUUUCAACCUUAAUCUCAAGUUGUAGAUCCUGUAAUAGAUCCAGGUGUUUUUCAAAUGAAUUCAUUGCAAAGAAAUAAUCGGUGGCAGAUAUCUGUUCAGCGCUUUAUAUAUGAUGUCUAUCUGGUUUAAAUGAAUCAAUAAAUAUUCCAUUCCUCCUGCCCACUUUGUUAAAUUUCAUUCGCUUCUCUUGCUUAUUUUAGGAAACUAAUUAAAAUUUCACAAUGCUUCAGAGUAAUUUUUUGUAGAUUGUGUACUCCAUUAAAACAAGAUUGCUUUCAUAAUUCUAAAGUGUAAACUGAAAUAUAAUGGAGUUUUCUAGUGAGGUGAUGGUUAGUUCUUGUGUGGUUUUAUUAUCACUAGUUCUCAUCUCUAGUCGAUUUAUUCAUCCCCUCUGUAACAAGUUAUGUCUAAUUGUUGUCCUAACUAUCUUUGUUUCAGAGCAUUAAGUGUGGCAGACAAUGAUUCUAAACUUCUCGUUAAUGAAGAAAACCAUGAUCUUACCAUUUCGAAUCCUUCAGCUACCUGUAAAGCUAUUAGUUUAGAUGACUGCAAUUCUGUUGAAAGCAUAACAAACGAUCAUGAAUCUGUGUUAUCUAGCAAAAAGAAUAUAUUUAACGAAGAUUCUUCCAACUCUUUAUCCGUACUCCCUGAAACAUCUGAUGAAUCAAAUCUUCACUCUAGCCAAUCUGCUACUUCAGACGUGAAUACGUCUUUGGAAUCUGGUAACCGGAUGCAACCUAAGCUUACUCAAAACAAUAUUCAGUUUCAAAAUGAGCAGAACUGUGGAGGUUCUUUAUUCCGAAGAUUAUACAGCAUCCCUAGUACAAAUAACGAUGGAUUCCCAAUAUAUUUAGCACCUGCGCCAAAUCCAGGCGUAUUCACAGAUGUAGUUCCUGUUCUCCAAGAAGUAGAAGAAGCGGCUGAAGCACACAUAGAGUCAGCAGCUGUGGAAUUUCAACGUGUUCAAAUCUGCGGGGAUGAUACUCUUGGUGUAAGUUUGCCAAACCCUGAUUUACACUUGGUUAUUUAAAAUUAUACUGGUAUCGCUUCAGAAAUAGACACGAUACCAUUAUGCCAAAUGUUUGAACUCACUUUUUAUGUGAUCUUUGAGGGAAAAUCGUAGUAAUUACGUUAAACGAACCAAAAAAUGCUGACUGGAUUACGCUUAUACGUGUUUACUGUCACUUUUAAAUGGUAUCAAGAGCUUGGUUUUCCGGAUGUCUUUAUUAGCAAGCUAAUUUCUGAGUGUUUGUCUUAUCACAAACUAGUAUUCAUAUGAAUAUAUAUUUACCUAUUUAGAGUGGACGUUAAAUACCAAAUUUUUUAUAGUCUUCAUGAUGUACAACAAAGCCGUAAUCUUUUGAUGUGUAACUUCUUAGGUUUUCUGACCUCAUCUGUCAUAUUAAAUGCCAAGAUUUGAGGUUAUACGAUUGUUUCAGUACACAUCUAGUCACAUGUUCCUUCAUUGUGUUGGCAGAUACUAUAAAAUUCUCGUAGUCCACAUUUAAAGAUGACCUCAGGUAGUCUCUGGAAACUGGGAAGUAUUAGACAGCUCUUGAUCCUAGUAUGGAACUUCUCAGUGGAGGACAUACGUAAUCCCUCCGGAUAUCAAAAUCAAGGCCUUCAAGUAUGGUAGUGAGUGCCUAACUUUUAAAUCACUGAGUUUGUAUUCGGAGGUUUACAUUCCAAACCUUAAUCAAUUCGCGAUUUGCAACAACCAUCUUCCACUGUUGUUGAUGAGUGACUGCCUUACAUCCUACAUAGUUGAAAUCCACUGACCAUGGUUUGUCAUUAUUACUCCUGAAAUUACUUCAGAAUUAGUCAUUGAAGAGUGCUUGAUUGUUAUUAAUAUAAAGGAUCAGUUCGUGAUGUAAACGUUUUACAUCAGUUCUAAGGAUCGCUCAUUUUUACCAAACAAGCAAAAUGUUUCUUAAACUACUCUAAUAAUUUUGGCCAAGUUGGAAAUCAAGCGCUUAAUUUUACUAUUAUCACCUGAGGUAGCAUCAUAUUUCACUCUAUUUCAACCACACUAAAGAUAUAUAUGCUCCAGAUGCAAAAAAGAGUUAUGACAACUUGAAUUGAUGUACAUACCUACCAGGUUUUACUCUGUAACUGACUGACCAGGUGCAAACUCUUUCUGAACCUAUUUAAUGAAAAUUUCAGUAACUUAGUCGGUUGGAAUACAAGUAUGAGUUAUGGUUUGUUUUACAGAUAGAGCGAUAAUACUGAAUAAUCAGCUGGCAAUCAGGUUGUUAUACCUUUUCAUUAUGAUUCUUAUUUUAAUAUAUUUCCAGUGUACAGAAUACCCAUUUUUCAAUAAAUGGUACAGUCUAUUACUGGAAAUCUCGCGUUUAGUAGUGGAUUAUAUAUAUAUAUAUAUCCCUAGUAUUUGCAAAUUGGGCAUGAUAGUGGAAAGUGAUGAUUCUUUCUCACUUAUCCCUCGUUAAUCAAACAUCUCCCACCAUACAAACCUUAUUUACUCAACAAUUUUCUUUGAUUUUCAUACGGAAGUAUGGUCGAUUUUUCUUGAUUAUUUUGUUGCCCUUAGUUUACAUCAUACUUUAAAUAAGCUUCAAAUUUUCACGAGAGGGAGCAAACCGCUCCGUAACUAACUUAUAUUAGAUCAGUCGGCUCAACGCACUAUUUAUGUAUUAUAUGGACUACACAUGCCUCUUUACGUCUUAUUUAGUUAUCAUGUUAUUUAUCAAUUUUUAUUAAAAUGAAUUAGUACUUUAUCAUCAAUUUUCUGAAGCUAGUACGAAUUGUGGUUUUUUUUUCUUACCACUACUGUGAUGUUGUUUUGAUAGGUUUUAAUCCUAAUUUAAUACUGAUUAUUUAAAUUGUCACUCUGUUGUAUAAUUGAAGAUUAUUAAUUGUAAUAACCAAAUUAAUAAGAAAUGAUUUCUAUUCAAAAUAUGAUUGUAAAUAAUUAUAAACUCAGCCAUUAUGUAUAGGUGUAUGCUUUACUCCAUGAACUGUAUCCAUUGUGUUAAGAGUAAUAAUACUAACUGGUUACUGAGACUCAAGUACUAAGAAUAAAUUUCAAACCAUUCACUGAGUCUGUUGUGAGAUAGUAACUCACUGAAGACAGUGGUGGACGGUGGCACAAUAUCGUGGAUUGGUUGAACUUAGACAUUAACACCGUUGGAUGCCGGCUCAGUGGUAUAGAGGUCAAGCGAUCGCGAGAGAGACCGAUGGGUCCUGGGUUCGAAUCCCGCGGGCGCGAUCGUGGUUGCGCACUUUUGAGGAGUCACAUACUAUGACGAAACGGCCGUCUAGUGCUUCCAGGUUUUCCAUGAUGAUCUAGCUUCAAUCGACUCAUGAACUCAAUUAUUAAAUUACUAUAAUAUCCAUAAAAACCCCUUCUGAUAACAUUCACAAACUGUUUUUCAAGUUUGACCACCGAAAAUCAUAUGAUUGAAAGUAUUUUGUAUUGGUUCAUCUAGUGGGAUUUUAUUUAUUCCCUAAUAGGUUAGUUUUAUAAAUUUUCAGAAUAAUUUUUCUUUUUUUUGAAAAGAUUAAGCAUUCCGAAUUCCGACCAAUCUUCAUUAAGUUUUUUACACAUCUAUUCCAAAUUAGCUUCCUUCGAUUCAUCCACAUACUGCUGGAAUUUUCGCCCUGUCACAGGUAGCAUUAAUCCAUCUAGUAAUUUUCAUUUUAAUAUGUGUACACUAUAAUAAUAUUUUACACAUGAAUAUCACUAAUAAUAGUAUACUCAGUUAGUGUUUUGCACUUGUCCAAUAGAUUUCUCUGAGUGACUAAAAUCGGUGUGUGAUUGUAGCACUUUUUUGCACACCAGACUCUAACUGCUGAUUAAAAUGGAAGUCUCUCGUAUUUUUUUUAAACUGAUGAACAGAUCUUACUAACAAAAUAAUAAUCUUAAAUGGGAGUAAGUUUGUUUUUAAUAAAACUAAAAUUCUUAUUAAUUAAAUUAACUAAUUUAUUCGAUCACACAAAUAUUAGUACAGAUAUGGGAUAAAAAUAAAUAUUCACCACAUCAAUAGUUGGAUAAGAUUGUGAAAAAAUAAACAAAGGAAAGCCAUUAUGAUCAAAAAAUGGUGAAAUGAAUGAAAAUAAGCUUACAAGGGUAAUGUAUAAUGUGGGGAACAGUUCAGAUAAAAUGCAACCAAAAAGAAUCCUCUCAGUUAAGGGAAUUCCUUUCGUUUCUUAUAAAGUCAAGGGAAAUUAUGUCACGAUCUCCAUUGGUUUCUGUUCUCAGCCAUAUCUGAUGACGUAUCGGGCCACUCAGUUACACUGUCUAUCGAGCCCUAACCAGGCAGUCAUGGUUCAUUGACAGAUCCCAAUCCUAUACAGCUUUCUUUCAUCACACUUCACCUUGCCACAAACCGACCACUCUUUAUAACCGAUUAUGGACUGGGCAAACAAAACGGGUUGUAGAAUUCGCUUGGACUACAUUAUUAGUACAUAUUCAUGCCACCUAACGUAGUUUUUCGAAGUGUUGACACCAACUAGAUGAUCGUCACCGAGCCAGAACAGAUGUUGUCGAACCUCUGCAUUUCUAACAUAGUAUUGAUACUACAUAUCAAUAAUCCUUCGGAAAAAAUUGAUGAUCAACCACAGUCACCGAAUGUCCACAACAUGAGGAGGCCGGGUUUCCGAAGCAUGGGGUAGAAUUACUCUCAACAAUGUGUUGUAAACCCAACUUUAUACAGCCAGACCAAAAUCAGGACUAGUUCAAAUACAGUUUUGUUUCAGCCUUGCAAAAGUGCUUUGGGUUUAAGUGUAAAGUACAUGCCAUACCUACGGACAUUGAUUUGCAAAUAAGUGGGUUUAGUUUAUACAGUUUGAUUAUCAUUGCACAGUACGACAAUAUCACUGGCAUAAUCAUGAUUGAAAGUCCCCCUCCAGAUGACAGACCUACACCACCACUACUUACUUUUCUGAGAGCUGUUUUCAGAAUGCUGUCAAUGACAAAGAUGAAAGUAAUGGUGAGAUUGGGCAUCCCUAUUUAAUCCUACUGCCCGAUUCUCGCAGGUCGCUCUUCCACGGGUUUUAAGUGGUCUUCGAAGCGUGACGGAAACCAGUAGUUUGGACUCAAUCAAAAGUAAACUUAUUUCCCGAUAGUUGUUGCAUGAUGCGAUUCCCUUUUGAAGAUCGGGAUGGCGGUCGCUUGACUUCAGGAUGUUGAGGCACUCCAUGUUUGUGAAACGUUUUCGACCAAACCGGUUAGUUCGCCAACAAAAGGUCUCCCACCUUUGAAAGGGUUGGAGUUAGUCUUCUGGGCCUAGUAAGUCAUCAUGCUUCAAAAUUUGGAGUUCCUUGCGGACAUCCCGCUUUUUAAGUGGGUCGUCACCGGCUAUGGAUGACAAAACAGUCUGAUCGAUAUUGGAGAGACACCAGACCAGUUGAACUGGUUUUGGAAGAACUCUGUCCAUUGUGCGAGACGUCGUUAACUGUUAUUGGUGUUUUGUCGGCUUCACAAAUCCUUUUUCUCAAACCCAGAGUUACUGCCAGUGGCUAAGUUGAAUUAAAAGUGCCUCUGACAGUUAAUAGAUAUGUUUGCUAUCAGAUUCGCGGCUAACUGAAUUAGACUCAGGUGUCUUAAAUAGUUGUAGGGAGCCAGUAGAAGUCCAGUGCAUAUAAGAGGGACGUUCGAUGGAGCCAAAAAACGACAGACUGACUACUAGCCUUGAGUCUAACUCCGUCUGAUAUUUGGUUGCGACCGGAGCAACAGUCGACUCGCUUAUAUCAAUCAGUUUAUGACGAUGAGUUUUCUGAGCACUUAAACGAAAGAUAGCUGUAGUGCUAACCAAACUAUGACCAGAGUCCAGAUAGGUACGCCAAAAUGAACAGUGGUCUCGUACAUAACCAUGCCCGUUGUAGCCGAUCACGAUGUGAUUGAUCUAAGUUCAUGGUUGAGUUAAAAAGUGAGAAUGCUAGGGAGUACAUCGUCCACGACUUCCGAAAUUCGGUGCUGACCAGUGACAGGUUUUUGUCUGCGCAAUGCUGCAGGAGACGGUCACCAUUAAUUGACCGGAGAUCGGCAAGCCUCUCUCGACCACCCAAGAGACUCUGCUCUGUAUCUAGACAUUCAAUCUGUGGGUUUGAACUUCUGACUAGCACUAAAAUGUGUUGAAUGCGCUUUUUUUGAGAUCAUGUAACCGGUUGUACGAUUCAUCUUUGAUUGUAUGCGGACUGCAAUAUGUCUUGGGGUAGGCGGAGAUAACGACAGCGUAUUGUUUUCUUACUUCGACUUCUUGUCAAUGUGCUAGAGCCUUUUUAUCUAGCAACACAAAAGCGACUGUUAUUGGGGAUCCAAUCGAUUAAUGCUGCUUCUGUUGUGCUAUGGUGUUCAGUGCGACACCUCCAGCUAAACCAAACGAAUAUCCCGUAGAGUCCUCUGGUAGGCACGUGUAAAACAAAUUUUUUUGAAUCUACAGAUAGAGAUCGAAUUUCUGAAAUUUUGAUAGAGUCCUAAAUAUAGAUCUCAGAUAGACAACUAACGUUGAUAUUAAGAUUUUCCACAGACAUCGCCAAAGCUACCUGUUGUCCAAUUUAUAUUAGUGUGGGAACGUUAAAAGAGACCAGUUUGAAUGACUGACUGAAUGAGUGAGUUUUCGGAAAUGGUGGUUCAUAAUCUGUAUUCGGUGAUAGCAUUUAAAAUUUCUACAAGUCACUUUCUUGAAUUCGUUUGAGAAGGACGAAAUUUCCUCCCUAGACAAUCUGCAGUGUGAGUUGUAAAACAGAAAUAAAUGAAAGAUGGCAGCAGAACAUAAUAGAAAAAUAGAGCAUGAUAAAACAAAAUCUAAGGUAAAUGAGUAAUAAUUAUCUCUUCAGUUAACGGUGAACCUGAGCAUGCGAGUCGGUUUCUCCAUAAGUAUUCUUUGUCGUAUUUGUGAAAAGGCUGGGAUACUGCUUGGCUUUCCUGAUCGACACAGGUGGUUUUCUUACGAGGUCACUCCCCGAGCCUUUGGUCUGGGGGUUUAAUCCACAUGGCAAUGAAGUAACUUGAAGUAAUACAAUUCAAUAGCCAAAAUAUCUGAUAUCACUAUCGGUUUAUGUUAUGUCGUUUUCGAACAUUUUUAAUUCAGUAUCCAAUGCAACUACAAUAGUAAUAAUUGAUUCUGUUAGAUGAUUUUUUUAGAGACUAGUUUCUCAACUCUUUAAGACGUCAAAGGUUAAAAAAUGCUGUUGGUUGUUGAGACCACAAGCUAUUGAAAUUUUUGGUCCUGGUUGUUUUGUCUUCUUAAUGUGGCUUCACGGAACCAGUUAUUCGUAUUGGAUUAAAUUUCUGGUGUCACCUGGAUAGGACUGUAUCCGUAAUAAUUUAUUCUCGCAUAAUAAUCAGAGUACCCUACUAUUACUUUAAAUAGUUGCGGCGUCUUCUGGUGUACAAAAUCGUUCGUCUUAAUUGCAGAAUGAAGUUAUUAGGAUCGAGAACUGGUCGAAUCUUAAACAAAACAAGUAAUUUGCGAAGGUGAGAAAAAUAAAUGGUUAUAGAUUUUAGGCGACAUAAUUGAAGGUUGUUUAUAGUAACAUGGCUCCAUUGCCUUUGAUUUUUCUAUAAACACUGAACACGCGGUCAGUUUUCAUUUUUUCGUCCUUCUCUUUACCCAUGAAAUUUCUAUCCUUCAUAUAAGGUAUUGCAAAAAAACUAGUGCAACAAUAUAUACUUGGUUAGUCUGUUUCAUUAUUUGUGGAUGUAAAGAACUGCCAUUUAAGGGUUUAACAUUUUAUCUGUAUUGCAAGUAAUGAAACUCUGGUCAUAGCAUGUUCUUGUUCACUCAGGAUCAUGUUUUUUUGUGAAGUGAUCUAACAACAAAUAUGUAUUGUUGUCGCAUUAAAAUUCUUUCUUGGACUUUGCUAUUUUGUUUACUAAUUCUGUUUUCUUUUUGACUAGUCUUCAUGAAAUUUUUUCAAUAAAUGUUGUAGACUAAAACAUUACUCUUAGAUUCAAGUAGUUUUAAUAAAUGAACGAAGUUUGGAAUUGUUAAAACAAAUAGAUAGAGUGCCAAUCAAUAAAUGAAAUGGAAUGGCACUAUGUGACAGUCUACAAGACCUGAUUAUUGACUCAAACUCCCGAACGAAAUAAUAUUAAACGUAGACAAAACUACUAGCCAGAAAGAAAGAUUUUUUGUUUAAUAGCGUGUUUAUAUACAAAUGGUUAGGCAAAAAUAAGCAUGGUUAUUUGCCGUAAGCGUUUAGAGGAUAUCAUUUUUAUAGUUUACCCACUCUCCAGUGAAUCAAUAUCUGACUGUUAGGGUUAAUUUAUUUCCCAUCAUAUCACAAAUAAAUUGAUGUAGACGAAUUCGUUCAGUUUUCUAGCCUGAUGUUUGUUUUCACAAAUAUAUUCAUCAUUCUAAAGCAUUGUGAAAUAAGCUCAUUUUUUUACCAAAAAAUUGUUUUAAUUAUGAUCAGUUUUCUUAGUUUGUUUGUAUAUGUUCUUCACAGUUUGAUGGCCAUUUUAAUGUUUGAAGGGAUUAUCGCACUGAUUGGUAACAUUUUGUAUUAGAUAACCAAUUACACAACCAGAUACGUAGUCACGUGAAAACUAUGCAUGUUUGUUGUUAUUUCAUAUAUACAUUGCUGUCAGUUUGCCAUGUUUGUAAUUGUCAGUGCAUCUGACAUGCAUCAUAUUAGUUCAUGAUCAAUUUGGAAGCUAGAUAAAGACUUAAGGAAAUUAAAAUUAAGUCUCUAUGGCUCAUUUUUUAAUCCUGUUCCCAUCCUUUUUUGUGCAUAAGUUGGGUUUUUAUAGACAAUUUAUGUUCGUUUAAUUUAUAUCGUUUACGGUGCAUAAUGGAUUAUAUAUUAAUAAUGAAAUUAAAACUUGAGUAAAAGUCUCACGUUACUACGCUAUUCAAUAACACAAAAAUGAAAAUCAACUGAGUAAAGCAUUUACUUAAAAGAAAUGAAUCAGUAGAGAACCUAAGUAACUAUGGGUUUAAUAUUUAAAUAAAUAGUAAUAGCUAUUUUAUGAGACUCGGCAUGGUAAUCGAUGACUUUGGAAAACGAAUACUACAUGCUAAUACUUAACGUCUCAUAUUGUGGUAACCUAUAACUUAAUAUAUGUGACUUAACUACCUCGGCUGGUUUACAGUUUUGAGUGUUUAAGUGCAUGGUUACUUUUGUUUCGCAUUCACUGGUUGAAUUCCGUUUAUUUGACUUUGAAUAUGCAUGUAUCACUUUGUAAAAUGUAAACUACUAAUCUAUGUGACACCACAUUACCUAUUCCUUAUAAUUAUAAAUCUCAUUUACCAUCUACUCGAUAGACGAUCGUUUUAAUGCUGUUUGAAAUGUUAUUUUGGCUGCUUUGAAUAACUUAACUCAUUUAUAAUCAGUAUCCCAGGUAUAUUAUUUUAUAAUUUGGAAAGUGAUGAAGUUUUAAUCGAGACUGUGAAUGUUAUAAUUAUGGGUUUCCCUUCGAUUCUAUUUCGUUAGUAUAAACAAAUUAUACAACGACUUAUUUCUAUGUUAUCACAAAAUACUAUGUUGACAAUCGUAUUUUUAGUUAGUGAUUUACUUAAUACAUUUAUAUCGCCCACAAUACCACUGAUUAUUGCAACUUGAUUUUGUGAUGUUUUUUUCUCAUGGAUUUGUACAACUUGUUACGGGUUAUUUUUAUUUUCUUUUUGGCUAACAUUUGACAACCUAAUAAAAUUAUAUUACACUUAUGGUGGCUAGUUUUAUAAAUUGUUUUUGUUGUUGUUGACAAUAAUGGACAAUGUACAGUGUUCUUUCCUCUACAAUUCAAGUAUUUUCUACAAGUUUAGUAAGUUCCAUUUAAAAGGUUGCUUGUCUGGAAAAUUAAGUGACAUAAAUAAAUCCUUACAGUGUUGCAUAUUCAAGUAUAAGUAUUUCAGUUCAAACGCCACUCCGAUCCACCUAUUUUGUUUUGGGCAGCCUGGUAGUUUUAUUAGCCUUCAUAACUAAGUUUUGGUUCAAAGCCGAUUACGUGCAUCUAUAUUUGGUAAAUGAGUUAUAUUAUACUCUCAUGGAACUAUAUUAUCAAAUAACUUCUGAAUUCAUGUGUAUAAAACAUGAUUUGAAUGGAUUUAUCAAGCUUCUAUUUUAUGCUAAUCAAACUUUCUUAUUUAGUAAAAACAGAAAUAUUAUGCAGUUUAAUUAAUUAUUCGCUG